UAUCGGCCGCCUUGUGCUCUAGUCACGUAUGUUUUUAAAGCGUUUUAAACAUGUUAAACUUGUGAUGGUUUCUUCGUCAGCUUGGUGUUAAUUUCUAUUGAUACUGUGUAUGAUUUUCUAUAUGCACUCUCUCGGGACAUUAAAUGUAGCUGGUCAGGUAUUACAUGGUCUAUAAAAGAUUUAUAAUAUACUUCCCAUCAAAAUGUUUAAAUUGGUAGACCACGUGAUUAACUCAGGUGUGUGUUUUGGUUUGCCGCACCUGAAGCGGAGAACCCGAGUUUCUCGUGUAAAUACGUAGUAAAUGAUCUCUUAUGCAUUAUUGCUUUUCCUACAGAAGAAAAACAUUUAAUUCCAAAAAUGGAAAGUUUUAAAUAGUUGUAUAUGUAUUAUUCAUAGCCAGUGGACUUAUAAUUGGAGUAUUGUGUAUAAUGCAAGUAAUUUGUUGGUGUUCAAAUUUUACACCUAUUGUUUGAGACGACUCAAUGCAUCAAUGAAACUGGGACAUGGUCGUAUAUUUCAAAGAUUAUUUUUCAAAGAUUACAUUUCUUUGGAUAUCGUUAAAUCUAAGUAUCCCAUUGUGAAUUACUGAAAAGGAAACAAUCGCAAAAAAAAAAAAAAAAACCCAACAAAAAACCCCAACCCAAAAACCGAAACUACGCUUUUUAAAUACGAAUAAUAUUAUACCCCAAUUUAAAAGGAAAAUUUCCGGGUUUCUCAGAAUAUUAUUUUUAUCACACUGUCAUGUAAAUACCCGUUUAAUGAAAAGAAAAAUGGAGGGGGACGAUGAAGUGAACGUCGAAGCAGCAGGUGGACAUAAAUUUACGUUCUUCAAAAAAGUGACGGAGCUGGAACAUGGAGUGGAGGUGGACAAGACGUAUCUGAUCUCCGUCGAUCUGUUCGGAAAUAAAGACGACGACUGGGUGGACCGUCUGAACCAUGUCAUUACGUUGGUUUUCAUCGGGGCGUUUACAUUCUAUGUGGCUUUUUUGCAGUUCGUCAAAACAACGCCCCCUAUCGACUGUUGGUGUCCGGCGGAAUUUACCGACACUCACGUGGAGUACGUUCAAAACUACUGCUGGAUUUCUAAUACGUAUUACGUUCCGCCGUUAGAGGCGUUAUCGCAGAACGAAACAAUACGACGGCGUUUUGUUGUGAAGUAUUACCAAUGGGGGCCCGUUGUAUUGUUUUUAAUGGGAUUCAUGUUCAAACUUCCAAAUAUCAUAUGGAGAUUGGCAAACGUCUAUUCCGGAGUUAAUCUGGGGUUUCUUGCACGCAAAGCCUCAGAUUCUCAGGCCAUGGAUUGGGAUGUAGCCAUUGGCAACAUGGCUUAUGACCUUGAUCACUGGCUCCAACUUUAUCGACCUUAUAGUAGAAACAUUUUUGCUAAGAUAAAGAACCUGGUUUGUGCAAAAAGAAGCGGAAGCUACCUCACGGCUCUAUACAUGUUUAUCAAAUGUUUAUAUUGCGUAAAUGUGAUUGGACAAUUUCUUAUCCUAGAUGCAAUUCUGGGACAAAAUUUCUUCCUUUCUUUAGGAGUAGAUUUCUUCAGUCGGCGUUCUUCCGAAAUCAACCAGCUUGGAUUGGUGGAAUUUCCUCGAGUGACCAUGUGUGAUUUUAAGCUAAGACAGAUGUCCAACACUCAGGACUGGACAGUGCAGUGCGUGCUUCCCCUGAACAUGUUCUACGAGGCUAUUUUCUUUUCUCUUUGGUACUGGUAUGCUUUCGUUGCCUUGGUUAACUUUGCCAAUUUGCUUCUUUGGAUUUGGCGAGUUAUAUUCCCGAUCAACAAGAGAGUGUUUAUUGAAAAGUUAUUGGGGAAAAGACAAGAGAGUGACCGAAAGGAUUUCCAACAUUUUGUUUCAAAUUACUUGCGACAUGACGGUGUAUUUGUGAUUCGUAUGGUUCAGAGAAACACAAGUGACGUUUUUGUGUCUUAUUUGUUAAAAAAAUUGUGGGAACGUUUUAACAACAAUAACAAAUAAUUUCAAGUUUAUAAGGAAUUCUUUAAUAUCUUGAUAUCUUGUUGCUACUUGUAUAAUGUAAAUCCGUAUAUGAAAUGUAUUUCAAUAAUUACAUUUACACGUGCUUUUCUCAA